AUGCCUUUUGGUUGGGGAGACUCCGAGCAGGCCUACGACCAGGUCUACCAGAACGACAACUUCGAGGAGAACAAGUCCUCCUUUGGCCACGAGCUCGUCGCUGGCGGUGCCGCUUUCGCUGGCUUCAAGGCCUUUGAGGACCACCAGCGUAAGGAGGGCAAGCCAGUGUCUCACCAGUUCGCCAAGGAGCUGCUCGCCGGUUUCGCUGGUGCCGAGGUCGACAAGCUCGCCGAGACAAAGGGCGAGGACUGGUUCGACAAGGAGAAGGCCAAGCGCCAGGCCAAAGAGAACGCCGAACGCAUGUACGACGAGCACUACGUCGAGAACCAGGGCGCGGAUCAGUAUGAUCCCAACCAGUACGGUCAGCCCCAGCACUUCGAGCGUCGCGGAUGGUAG